UGACAUCUAUUGAUAUAAUAGUGAAUGGAAGUUAUUUGCGUGCGUAAAAAUGCAUUACAUAUUAGUAUAUAUGCAUGUACUUUUGUAAAGAACAAGAUGUAUAAGAUUGAUUUUUAUUAAAUUAUUUGAAUGCGUUAUAGAAAUAUUGUGUAAAGUUUCAUAUGGUAAUUAUUAAUAUAAUUAUGGCAACUGAGAUGAAAGAUACGUUAAUAAAUAUGCACAAAAAGAAAAAUGAUAAUCUACGUGCCAUAUUUUAUAAAAAACCUGUUAAAAAAGAUAAUUACAAUUUGGAUGUGGAUAACAUUGAUACUUUUCAAGAAAUAAGACGUCGACGGCUACUACAAUUUCAAAAAAAAUGUAGAGACACUGCAUUUAAUAUUGGAAGAGGAAUACUGGAAGAAGCAUUUAAUUCUGAAGAUGAAUAUGAGGAAGAAAUGGAAAUUCAAAAAAUUGAUAAAAAGGGAUAUUACUACUCUAAACGAAAUAAGAAUUAUGCAAAUCAAUUAAUGAUGUCUGAGUGGAUGUUGGAAGUACCUCAGGAUCUUGUAGGAAAGUGGAUUGUAGUACCAUGUCCUCAAGGAAAACGAACUUUAUUAGUUGCACGUAAAGGUAUAACUAAAGUAUAUAACAGACACGGUAAUAACCUUGGUAAAUUCCAUUCAGCACUUCCUGGUGGUAAUCCAUCUGAAUAUAGAGGUAGCUGUACCAUUCUUGAUUGUUUAUGGAUAAAACAACAAAAAAUAUAUUAUAUCUUAGAUGUACUUGCAUGGUCCAAUCAGUCUUUAAUAAAUUGUGAUACUGAAUUUAGGUUCUUUUGGUUGAGAUCAAAGUUACAAGAAAUCGAAGAAUUACACAAAAGAGAUACAUAUAGAAAUAGUUUUCCUAUAUUACCAUUACCAAAUAUCAGUUGUGAUACUGAUAUAAGUUUAGCAUUAGCAAAUCUUUCAUAUUUAUAUCCAUUAGACGGUUUAUUAUUUUACCAUAAAGAUGGACAAUAUACUAAAGGUCGUACCCCACUUGUAACAUGGUCAAAAACUUUUAUGUUACCUGAAAUACUUGGUAUUUCAGUACCACCACCACUUGAUGAACAACCUGAUGGAUAUAUAGAUUUUGUACAUUAUAUCCUUAAUAAUAGAGCUAAAAAAAGGAAGGUAGAAUCAGAAAGCCAAAUGGAUAUUGUAGAUGAGAAUUCCUAGAACUUUAUUUUAUCUUAUUUAUAUGAACGAACUUCUUAAAAAAUGAAGUGACAUAUAAUCGACUUAUUGAAAAUGUUAAUAGUACUAUAUUUUACAAAUAUAAUUUAUGUGCUAUACAAAUUAAUUGAUAAUAGUAUUCCAAAUCAAACUAAUGUUUUAUACAAUCUGUGAUAUUUGAAAAAAUUAUACCAAAUACGAAAUAAAUAUAUACAAUAUAUAAAGACUGCUUAUUGUUACAAAUAUUGUUAAACUAUGUUACUCAAGAUUUAAUGUGUGAAAUGUAUCAAGGGCUUUUUCAUUUAAAUAUAAUAAAACGCGAUUCAUGGUA